AUGGCCAACUCCAAGGUCCUCCCUCUGAUUCUCCUCCUCCUGUUCGUCGCUAUCCUGGCGGCCGUCGGCUACGUCGUCUACAGCAUCGUGCAAGAUGUGAGCAAGACCACGCGCGAGAAGAUGGAGAAGAAACACGUUGUUUUCACAAAGGAUGGGAUGAAGGUGAAUGUGCGGGAGGUCAAUGAUGAGGCGUACAAGGAUCGUACACAGAAUGUCCUCGUCAACAUGUGGAACCACACUUCCUUCCCCGCCUACAAGAGUCGAUUUUGGGAUAUGCAGGGCCAACCCGAGUCCAGUGGGGCUGAGAAGCGCAAGCCAUACUCGAAGUAA